AUGUUCAGCCCUUCCUCGCCUACCAGACGCGCAGUCAUCUUCUUAUCUUGGAUUCCAUCCUCCCAGAGGUGCUACUCCAACACCGCCAACAUGUCAAAGUCCAACGUCAUUAUUUACUUGCAUCGCAGAGAUCUUCGCAUUUCUGACAAUCCCGUCCUCCAUUCUCUCAGUAACGCCAAGGGCCAUGGCUUCACUCAUCUACUUCCGCUGUACGUCUUUUCCCCCGAGCAGCUGGAGGUCAGUGGCUUCAUCCCCGAAGACGCAAAGGACAAAAGCCCCCACCCGGAAGCGAGGAGUAGAAUCGCCAACUUCUGGCGCUGUGGACCUCAUCGCGCCAGGUACCUGGGCGAGAGUGUAUGGGACUUGAAGAACUCUUUUGAGAAAAUAGGAAGCCAGCUAUGCGUCAGGGUUGGUAUGCUGGAUGAAGUGCUCAAGUUUAUGAUUGAUGGCAUUAGCAAGAAUGGAAUGGGGAUUGGCGCAGUCUGGAUGACAAGCGAAGAGGGAACAGAGGAACAGAGAGCAGAGAGAUCCAUCAAAAAACUCUGCAAGGACUCAGGGAUUGAGUUCAAAGUUUGGGUUGACGAGAAGUAUCUGGUAGACGAUCGCGAUCUUCCGUUCGACAGCCCAGAAGACCUCCCGAAUGUCUUUACAGAGUACCGUAAGAAAGUCGAACCUCUCAGAGAGGCACCGCGCGCCGUACUCGCCACUCCAGCUAAGGGAUCUCUACCUCCUUGCCCGGACAAUAGCAUCAUUCCUGACCAACACUCGCCUUUCGUAAUUCCAAAUACCCCUGAAGCACUUGAAAAGGCGCUCAUGAGGCCGCUCGGAGGCGGACCCCUGGUUAAGAAUCCACCUACAUACCCUUCAGAUGCAGAGUCAGCACACCCUUUCAAAGGCGGAGAAUCUGCCGCCCAGGAACGACUCGAAAGUCAAAUCGCCUCCGGCGCCAUGACAACUUAUAAAGAUACCCGCAACGGCCUUCUAGGCACCGAAUACUCCACCAAACUCUCAGCCCCCCUUGUACUAGGCUCCAUCACUGCGCGACAAAUACAUGAGGCUCUCCUAUCCUUCGAGGAUGGCACUGAUGACGGCAAGUGGAAGGGAGUUCCGGGUUACGGCAAAGGAGAGAAUGAUGGCACCAAGAGCGUUCGCUUUGAGCUGCUUUGGCGCGAUUACAUGCGUCUCUGCAGCCGCAAAUUCGGCCUCAAGAUGUUCCGCUUAGGCGGCUUUAGAGAAGAGGACCCCGUGCGCUGGAACACAUUAGAUAAUCCACGCCAGGGACAGGGGGGACAGAGUCUCGAUGAGAUGAUUGAGAGGUUCCUGAAUGGAAGACGGGCAUGGGUUUAA